UUUUUACAGCUCAAAAACAUCUCUGUCCGCUUUUUAUAUUCCUCAUUUGUUGAAAUUAAUUUCUUCUGUUAAAGACGCCCUUCAUGCUCUGACGUUCCUGGGGGGAAAAAUAGCUCGUAAUUACUUUUUACUUCCGGGUUGCACGACGUUAGCAGUCAAUUUAUCAAGCUAAUAUAAGCUAGCCGCAUUGUUGUUAAGGCCACUACUUUAUUCAAGAAGAACGGGAGCUCUGUCGUCGGGAAACGUCACAACAACUGCUCGGUUGUUUUAACUCUAUGCCCAGAAUGCAUGGACAAUGAUGAUGUCUCAAACAAGGCCUGCGGAUGGGAAACUACCAGCCAAAAGAUAACUGCACUUCCAACUCAUCCAUUGGCAACUCCCUGGAGGGCACCACUGUUGCUUUUUCAGCACAUAAUUCAGCAUGUCCUUACCAAAGGAGUCAGGGAACCGAGGUAAAGAUCGAGAGAGGGGGGCCCGUCCGAAGGUGAGACAAAGCCGGUCAGAGGAAAGACGAGAUCCAGGCAGUGGACGGAAAGGUGUAAAGGGGAAGAAAAAAGGCCGUUCUUCCCAUGAACCAGCAGCUGAGAGGCCCGUCAGUGAUGGCUUUGAAUAUGGUGACAUGUUGAGUGACCUCGACUCCAAGGACCAAUCUUCCCCCUCGUCUUUGAAGGAACAUUUGAGAUGGCAGGGGUUGGAAGCCGCCUCAUUUCUCAGACAAGAACGGGUCACGUCCCGGCCAGAACUGGGAACGAUUAGCUCUGCUCCAGACAUACCUGGAGCCGGUGAAGGUGAGAGCAGAGCGUCAAGCAGCAGCCGCACUCUUCGGCAAAAAAUCCAAGAUGCAAUGGGGCAGUGUUUCCCAAUAAAGACGCACAGUGCGACUGCAGCAGCACCAUCUCCGCAGGCUCUUUCCUCCACUGCCUGCGCCUCCUCGAGGCGCAAGAUCCACCUCAGCGAGUUGAUGUUGGAUGACUGCCCCUUCCCCGUCGGAUCGGAGCUGGCUCAGAAGUGGUAUCUCAUCAAGCAACACACGGCCCCCAUUACCCAGCCUCCCUCGCUCGAUCCCGCGGUCGUGUGCGUCGCCCCCGCCGCCGUCACGGCGACGGCGGUGGAAGACGUCGACGACCGGUUGCGGGAGCGCAGGCGCAUCAGCAUCGAACAAGGCGUCGAGCCGCCGCCCAAUGCAGAGAUCCACACGUUUGAGGUCACGGCCCAAAUUAAUCCUCUCUACAAGCACGGCCCCAAGCUGGCUCCUGGGAUGAACGAGUUAGCCGAGGCUGAGAGAGCCACCGGUCAGCAGCAGCUUCUCCUCCAAAGGCAGCAGCAGCACCACCAGCUCCUUCUGCAGAGCUGCCUGGACACGCUGGAUGAGGUGGUGGCCUCAGCCUCUGCCUCAGCCCACACCUCUGACUCGGCCUCAGCCUCUGCCCACACCUCUGACUCUGCCUCAGCCUCAGCCCACACCUGUGACUCUACCCCCGAGCCUGUGGUGGACUCUGAGGUCCCGGCGCCCGACGAGCCCUCUCGAGUCCUCCUCCCGCCGGCCGAGGACCCCGCGUCUCACGACGGCUACCGCAUUCACACUCAGAUUGAUUACAUCCACUGUUUGGUUCCGGACCUGCUGCAGAUCACCAGCCUGCCCUGCUACUGGGGGGUGAUGGACCGCUACGAGGCCGAGACCCUGUUGGAGGGGAAGCCCGAAGGCACCUUCCUCCUGCGCGACUCCGCUCAGGAGGACUACCUCUUCUCCGUGAGCUUCCGCCGCUACGGCCGCUCGCUGCACGCGCGCAUCGAACAGUGGAAUCACAACUUUAGCUUCGACGUGCACGACCCGAGCGUGUUCCACGCCCCCACGGUGACGGGGCUCCUGGAGCACUACAAGGACCCCAACUCCUGCAUGUUCUUCGAGCCCUUGCUGUCCAACCCCAUCCACCGGGCGCAGCCCUUCACCCUGCAGCACGUCUGCCGAGCGGUCGUCAGCAGCCGCACCACCUACGACGGCGUCAACGUGCUUCCCAUUCCGAACACUUUGAAAAAGCACCUGAAGGAAUACCACUACAAGCAGAGGGUACGCGUCCGCCGAAUGGACACCUGGUGGGAAUGACGAGACGGACAAAAGGACUACGGAACGCAUUUGUAACAAUCGCUCAGCUGAACACGUCUUGUUGACGCCUCUCUGCCGGCGUUCACACCCACUGCAAUAUAGUUAUUUAUUUUCUCCUCGCUGUACAUGUUAACAAUUGUACUAAAGCACAAUGAUGAGACUGUCAUCUCAUUGACCUUGCACAACCAUUAAACAAAAUUAUUUAGA